UUCUCUGCGGCCUGGGCGGGCGAGGAUCGAGGGGCGGAGCAAACGCUGCAAAAAGCGGAGGAGCGACUGGCUUGCCCACUCUUGGCUGCGAGCGCAAGGGGAAAGUAUUUCAAGGAAGUGCAAGAGAACAGCCCUGCGUUUCUGCCCAACUUGUCAACGCGACAUCGCCAAGGAAAAGGAAGGGAUAUUGGGGGCUGAACUGAUAAAGGAAGAAGAUGGUUCGUUCUGGCCUGCAAACCGAAAAUCCCAAUUCAGCUUCUAUAUCCAAUCAUGAACAAUCAAAUGAAAAUGCUGAUAAGCCAAAGAAAAAUGUGGACACAGAGCUCGAGCACCGCCUGUGCAGCCAGUACGAGGAGAAGGUGCGCCCCUGCAUCGACCUCGUGGACUCCCUGCGGGCCCUGGGCGUGGAGCAGGACCUGGCCCUGCCCGCCAUCGCCGUCAUCGGGGACCAGAGCUCGGGCAAGAGCUCCGUGCUGGAGGCCCUGUCGGGCGUUGCCCUCCCCAGAGGCAGCGGUAUUGUGACAAGAUGCCCCCUGGUGCUGAAACUGAGAAAACUUAAGAGUAAAGAGAAGUGGACAGGAAAAAUCAGUUACAAGGAUAUCGAGAUUAACCUUUCAAACCCUUCACAGGUAGAAAAGGAAAUCAACAAGUCCCAGAAUGUCAUUGCCGGGGAAGGUGUGGGGAUCAGUCAUGAGCUAAUCAGUCUGGAAGUCAGCUCCCCGCACGUCCCAGACCUGACCCUGAUAGAUCUUCCUGGCAUCACCAGGGUGGCUGUGGGCAACCAGCCAGCUGACAUCGGACAUCAGAUUAAGCAACUCAUCAGGAAGUACAUCCAGAGGCAGGAGACCAUCAACCUGGUGGUGGUGCCCUGCAACGUGGACAUCGCCACCACGGAGGCGCUGAGCAUGGCUCAGGAGGUGGACCCCGAGGGAGACAGGACCAUCGGAAUCCUGACCAAGCCUGACCUGGUGGACAAAGGCACCGAAGACAAGAUAGUAGACGUGGUGCGAAACCUCGUCUGCCACCUGAAGAAGGGCUACAUGAUUGUCAAGUGCCGGGGUCAGCAGGACAUCCAGGAUAGAAUGAGCCUGGCCCAGGCUCUGAGUAAAGAGAAGGCCUUCUUCCAGGAACACCCGCAGUACAGGGUUCUCCUCGCAGAGGGAAGAGCCACGGUGCCCUGCCUGGCGGAACGGCUGACCACGGAGCUCACCGAACACAUCAGUAAAUCUCUGCCCCGGUUAGAAAAGCAGAUAAAGGAGAAACAGCAGAGUGUCAUAGCGGAUUUAGAGAUGUGUGGAAUGGACAUACCGGAAGAGGAAGGCGAGAAAGUGAUCUUUUUGAUUGAAAAAAUUAAAGCAUUUAAUGAGGACAUCCGCACUUUAAUAGAUGGGGAGGAAUUUGUGGAGGAGAAUGACACUCGGAUGUUCAACAAAGUCCGGAGUGAGUUUUGCAAAUGGAGCAUCAUGGUUCAUUCCAGCUUCGAAAAGGGUUACAAGAAAAUUGUAAACAAGAUCAUGGAGUUUGAAAAUCGGCAUCGCGGCAGAGAGCUGCCGGGAUUUGUGAAUUACAAGACGUUCGAGAACCUUGUGAGACAGCAGCUGAAAACACUGGAAGAGCCGGCUUUGGACAUGCUACACACCGUCACCAAAAUAGUCCACCUUGCCUUCUCAGAUGUUACCAAAAAAAAUUAUGAGGAAUUUUUCAAUCUCCUCAAAGUCUGCAAGGCCAGCGUGGAAGACAUUAAGCUGAAACAAGAAGAGAAGGCCGAGGAGUCCAUCCGCCUCCAGUUCCAAAUGGAGCAGGUUGUGUACUGCCAAGACCAAGAGUAUCGGACUUGGCUGCAGAAGAUCCGAGAGAAGGAAUCAGAACAACAGAAAAGGAAAUCCACCUUGGUGACUUCUGAAAGCAGCUCUUCCCAAAGCUUCCUUGACGAGAUCCACCAACACCUGUGGGCCUACCACCAGGAGGCCAGCAAACGCCUGUCCAGCCAAAUCCCGCUGAUCAUCCAGUUCUUCAUGCUCCGGUCGUACAGCCAGAAGCUGAGCAAUGCCAUGUUGCAGCUGCUGCAGGACAAGGAGAAGUACGGCUGGCUCCUCACAGAGCGCAAUGACACCAGCGACAAGAGGAAGUUCCUGAAGGAGCAGCUUGCACGGCUGACAAAGGCUCGGCUCCAGUUAUCCAAAUUCCCCGGUUAAGUGGAGCUCUAUCCCACCCGCGUCUCUGUGACUCCUUUCCCCGACAGCUACCUUUGCUAAUCACCCACAACCUAGGAGAAAGCUAUGAUGAGCCACUUGGUGGCUAGCAUGAGACUCAAGGGCCCGCCUUCACGAAGGAUGUAGUUUAGGUUGGGUGGAUGCUGUAGUCUUCCCAGGCACUCUCCAUGUCUGUGUCAGAAACCAACACACGUGAGCGCUGUAGAAGGGCUAUUUCCUGCCUUCGUUCCACAACCUCUCACUGAGACAAUGUUUUGGGACCAUUAGUAUCAUGUAUACACAUGCUGUAGGAGUUACACCUCCUCCAAUUGUAUUAAACUCCUUCUAACAGA